GAUAUGUGCACUUUAUAUUUUUUUCUAAUGUGGAAAACCAGGAUACUUGUAACAGUCCUUUGUAGUUUCUUUUUUUGUUUUUAUUUUUGAGCUAUGCCUUGAGCUCUCUCUCUAGUCCCUCAGUUAACUGUUGAACUUUGAAAGAAAUUGAGUUCAGGCCAAGAAGACACGUUAAAGAGCUAGCACGCAUGCUGGGCAUGCAGAAAGCCCAGGUUCAAUUCCUAGCACUGCCUGGAACCCAAAAUACCACUGCAAAUAGCCCCUGGCACUACUAGUAUAGCUUCAAAACAAAAAUAAAAACCCCCAAAAUAAGGGAAUUUGGAUUCAAGUAAAAUGACUUAUACUUAAGUCAAGACUUCCAACGCCCAUGAGUUAUGUUAUAAAAGCUGUCCUAAGAGACUUGGCAGAAACUGGUAUAGGACACAUGGCUUUGAAAACCAGACCACAUAUUCAAAAAUCUCAUUCCUGAGUAUUUACUUUGGGCAGUAGUUAAGCCAAGUAAGAAAAUAAUUUAUUAAUCCUUUUAUUUUUUUUUAGUUUUUUUUUCUUUUUGGGUCACACCCAGCGAUGCACAGGGGUUACUCCUGGCUCUGCACUCAGGAAUUACUCCUGGCGGUGCUCAGGGGACCAUAUGAGAUGCUGGAAAUCAAACCCUCGUCGGCUGCGUGCAAGGCAAAUGCCCUACCCGCUGUGCUAUUGCUCCAGCCCCUUAUUAAUCCUUUUAAAUAUGACCACAAUCUUACUUUUCUAUUUAGGUUAAUGAUUCUUAUCCUGGCAACAAUAUCAGAAUUACCUGUAGAGCUUUUCGUUUUUAGUUUUUAUUACCAAUGUCUAAUUUUCACCCUGUGUUUCAACUGGAAUGGCCUAACCUCCAGGUAUUUGGUUUUUUGGCGGAAGAUGAUACUGUUCUGGUCAUUACAUUCAUUUUUUAAAAGUUUCAUUUCUUUAAAGAUCUAGGUUACAACUUAAAAUGUGAGGGAAAACUCAAGCAUCGAUUUUAUUGUCAAGAAAAGUAAGAGAGUAUUGAGAUCAACUGUGGUGAUAUAAAAGGUUAUGUUUUGAGGUAAAAUGGAGCAGACUGGAAAUGAAACUGUGCAGAGCUCCUAUUUUGCACAAAUCACAAUUUUGAGACUAUGCAUUAGAAUACUGACAACACAAAGCACACCCAAAUCAAUCCAGGAACAAAUAGCUGUCAACAGAAAUUAAAGCAAACUAGUGUCUUUUUAAAAAUAAGCAAGGCAACUAUUUUUAUAUUUCACACACAACAACAAAAAAUUCUCACAAAAUAGAAACCUACUGUAGGAAUAUUUAAAAUUCACCAUUCACUACCUUGGUUAUAAAACAUUCACCUUCAUACCACUGAUCAUAAUUCAUGAAAAAGGCAUAAAACUGCUAUAAAUGCUUGUUAGUAGCUGUUUUACAAACUUGACAGAUACUCAAAAUGGCAGGUUAGGACCCUGCCUCGAAAGUCUGAGGUCCCAAGUACAAUCCUCAGCAUUACCCCACAUGCUGCCAGUGGCACUGUCAUUUGGGAUCCCAGAUGGUACAAUCCGCCAUUCUGCAACCAAGCAUGAGCUCCCACGUGUGCUUGAGUGGCAGUAAUCAGAGUGUGAGACCUCCCAAGCAAGUGAGCCCUGCAACCAAGUACGUAAGGACUACCCAUCAGGGCGGCAGCACUACAGAGAGAAAGGGAAGUGAAACCAUUUCAGUUUGCUAAGACACCAUUUUUAAUCUGAACUGAACCACCCCUUUUGCUUUCUUAGCCAAAUCACCAAAAUGUCCAGUUAGAAUAAGAAUUUAGCAUCCUGAGAAAGAAAUUCACAACUGAGAGGAAACAUUCUGAAAUGGAUCCCAAAUAUUUCAUUUUAAUUUUGUUUUGUGGACACCUGAACAAUGUGUUUUCUGCAGAGACAGAGGCAAUUACAACAGAGAAGCAAUCAUGGUCUACUCUUUUUAGAUCAUCAAUGCCAUCUGUCUCAGAAAAUUCUCAGAUCACAACAGGGAAUCCUUUGGGUCAACAAACACAAUUCAACAACAAAUCUUCUGGACAACCAAUUCUUAUCAAAGUCACCACUGAGAAACAAAGACCAGCUACUAAUGCUGCUUCUGGAAAACCAGAAGCAUAUAACAUCACUAGACAACCAACAACAAGAGCCAGCACUUCCUCUGAGCAAAUAUUAUCGACAUUAACCUCUUCCAGACCUUCUACUAAUGCUUUCACAAGACAAUUGCCUCCAUUUGUUUAUACUUCUCAACCACCAACUUUAUCUGUCCAUACUUCUAGAAAAUCACCCACUGCCUAUAAUAUAUCCACACAAUCAAUGCCAACUGUCAAAAAUUCACCUAGGGGUACACCAGGAUUUAUUCUAAAUGGUAAGACUAAUGAAAACUAUCCACAUAAAACCAAUUCGAAUUCAAUAGCUGCCAUAUUAAUAGGUAUAGUUCUAGCUUCUAUGUUACUGGCUAUAAUUAUGAUUGUACUGUGGAAAUACUUGAGAAAACCAGUUGCAAAUAAUCAGAACUGGGCAGGAAGGUCUCCAUUUGCUGAUGGUGAAACCCCUGACAUAUGUUUGGACAUCAGAGAAAAUGAUGCAACCACAAAACGUAGAUCAACUGCUUCACUUAUGGCCUGGAAACCAAGUAAACAUACACUCUUAGCAGAUGACCUGGAAAUAAAAUUGUUUGAAGCAAGUGAAAAUAAUGAAGAUUCCAGCAACCCCAAAGCAGAAAAAACAAAUGAUCAAGCAAAUGGUACAUCAGAGGACAGUGCUGGUGGAUCAACAAUUGGCACUGCUGUUUCUUCUUCAGAUGAUGUGGAUCUUUUUCUACCACCUCCUCCCCCACUUGCUGAGGUGGAAGGACACGAGAGGAACCAGUCUGACAUACCCACAAUGCCAGUUACAUCUCCCCUUCCAAAUGAGUCUGGCAAUCACAUAUCAUCCCUGGACUGUCCCAAUCAAGUCUCUGAAGAUAAUUCUGAAUUCAAACAGUCAUUUCCACCUCCCCUUGAUGCACCUAACUUGCCCCUGCCAGAAGCAGAUUUUACUGAAAAUCAGGACAAUUCUAACAAUGAGAUCCAGAGUCAGUGUCUGGAGUUCUCUAUUUCUCUUGACUCAGACGAAGCCCUGGAUGAAGUCUUACCACCCCCACCUGCCGAAUUGUUGUAAAUAUUACAACUUGACUUGUAUUUGAUCUUCCACCUUUUUAGUCCUCCUUUCUUUUUUGUUUUCAUGUGACAAAAUAUAUUAAAUGAUACUGGUAGACAAUGUUGAUUUAUAUUAGGGAACCACCUCAAAACUGCUCAGAACCUAUGUGAGUAACAGAAUUCUUUCUUUUUUAAUUAUAUUUGUUCUGAAACAAUGUAUGCCUGAAACCCAAUGAUGAAGAACUUUGUAAUUUCAUGGUGACUAAUAAAAAAUCAUAUAAAACAGUGA